UCCUUUCUCCCCGGCCUUCAUUUUAUCUUCUUCAUCACUCUUCUCUCCGGACAUGCCGGAGCUCGCAAUUCCACAUUGAAGAAUUAAUCCUCCCCACAAAUACGGUCUGUAUAUAAAUACUCCGGCGGGGAUCGAUCGGAAUAGCAUUGGGUUAGAUUAGAUGAGGUGUAAGAAACAUCAGUCGGAUUCGAGCAGCGGCGUCGGCGUCUGCGCGUCUUGUCUCCGGGAGAAGCUGUUCGCCGUGAUCCUUGCCCAGGCCCAGGCCCAGGCGGAGGCGCGCAUCCAGCACCGGGUCCAGGGCGGCCGGAAGUCCGACACCAGUCAGUCGGCUGCGCCGGGCUUGUUGUUUCCCCGCUCUGUUUCGCCCUACAUCUCUCGCCGGAAAUCUGAUAUCUCCAAUUGGAAUCACGCCACCAGCCAGGCGAGCCGCCGUAGCUGGGCUGAUCAGAGAUUCUUCAGCACCCCGCAGGUUGGGGCCCACGGGAGAGUAAUCGACGGCGGAGAUUAUGACAACAUUCAGAAGAAUAUGAAGAAUCUGAGGAAGAAGAAGAAGAAGAGUUACGGGUUGAAUCUUUUGAACAAUCUGUUUGGAUCUAAAUUGGGGAAACCCGAACCGUAUUCGGAUCCCAGGGUUUCGAAUUCGGAAGACCCGAAUGCCGACGCGACGUCUUCGUCUUGGUUCUCAGCUAUUUUCUCCGGCCGCCGGAAGAAGCAGAGCCGGACGUUUUCGGUGAACGAGGACGCUUCGAUCGGGGGUAGGCGGGUGAGCAGUCAAAUUCGAGAUCGGGGAAUGUCGCCGGCGAGGUGUUCCGACGACGAGGACGACGGUCAUUGCCGCGGCGGAUCCAGCGGGUACUCGUCGGAGUCGUCGCAGGGGUGGAAACAGACACCGAGGCGGACGCCGGCUUCCACUUCCAGCCGGACGGCCGCCGGGAAGUCAAGCCGGAACCGGAACGUGUCCGGGAUGACGUUUUGCUUGAGUCCGCUGGUGAGACCCAGCCCGAACUGGCAGUGGAACCAGAAGGGAAUGCCGCCGGAGAUGGUUUACUCCGGCGAGAUCAGAGUUUCCUCCAAGUCCGUUGCGACGUCGUUUUGCAAGAGCAGAUCGAGAAAACUCGCCGAUUUCGGACGGUUCAACCACCACCAUUGAUUACAGUUAGCGCCCAACCGCUGACCACAUCGGAGAUUGCGACAUUAGAGGAGCCAUGUAAUAAUAAUAAUAAUACAAUUAUCUGUCU